AUGUUAGGCGGCCCUGCGGGGCUACCGGAGAACAUCAUCCGCGGGAGCACCACCUUCUGCCUGACGCAUGUGGGCGAUCGGGCAUAUUACAUCCCGCGUGGGUGCACUUUGGAGGACCGGCUCUCCUGCUGGCGCGUCAAGGCCGACCGUGAGACAGGACGCAUCUUCUUCGUGAGCUGUGGUGGGCUGGGGAGGCGCUGGACGCUGCCAGACGCGCCCGCAAGUAACUGCGGCCUGCCCACGGAGGCGCCGUCAGGCGGCCCGCGAUGCCGCUCGUCUUCGUCGGGGCCAUCGCCCAAUGCGAGGCGCGUCGCCGGCGAGGACAACAUGGCCGUGCUGGAGGCGGCAGCAAGGCCCUUGGCGGGGCUGAGCACGAGGGCGCAGCACAGCCAUGGCGACGAGGCAAUAUUAUCGUUGCCGUCGCCGUCGCCGUCGCCGGGCAACGUGUAUCGUGGCGCGAGGGAGCAAACCCCCCCGCCGCUGGACUCCGUGAAGAGUGGCGUUGCCGACAUUUACCUUAACGACUUUGCUUACCUGCGGUCAUUCGACGCGGAGGUACACGCCCCGGCGUCUGCUGCGACGACGCUGCGCGGCAAGCCAGCUGCUGUCGGCGUGCCCCGCGAGGGCGGAGGCGCUGAAUCCGCCCCGCUUGAGGCGCAGCUGCGGAGACGAAUUGAGGACUACGCUGAGGAGGUCGCCACACUGCGCCAAACUCUGGAAGAACAGGAGCGCCUCUUGAUGGAGAGGGAUUUGGCUCAGCUGGAGCUGGAAGAGCGCAUGGUGAACAUGCGACUACACAUGAUGGAGGCCGUGAGCGCACACCGCAAGGCCAUCCCUUUGCAGAAGCCAUGA